AUCUGAAUUCUGAAAUCAGAAAUCAAUCUUGAUAUAUAUCAAAAUUGAAACCACCAGUUUGAUCUGACCGGAUGCAAUAUUACAACUAUAGGAUUGGUUAGUCUUUUAGGAGAUUGACUUUUAGGUUAGAGUUGACAAAGUGAUUAGAGUUUACUUGGGGAAUAAAAAAAAGACUAGUCAUUCCUAUUAUAUAUGUUUCCCUCUCUCAAAUAUCUGAAUAGUCCGAGCGUUGACAAUCCUAUUAUUUUGAUCUUCUCUCCUUCAAAUUGUUCUCUCCUUCUUUGUUAACUCUUUCUGAAAUCGACAAUGGCAGCUUCUUCCAACUCUACGGGUUGCUUUACGAAUCAAAACGAGCUAGAGGCUCUCUAUGAGCUGUUUAAGAAACUCAGCGGUGGUGAUCGGCAAAGAAACGAGGGAGACGUUGUGAAAGUCGUACCACAAUAUUUGGAAUCAUGGUUUAUAGAAAACAGAGGAUCUGUCUUCUUGUCAAUCUUUACUCUCCUCUCUUCAGCGAUAUUCAUGAGCGGGAUCAUCAGUUUUGGAAGCAUUGUAUGCGGAACAUUGUUGAUGAUAGGACUCUACUGUGUGUUGUGGAGGAAGAAAAACAGAGUGGAGGAGAUACACGGUGGUGUAAUAAACAAGGAAGAGUUUCAAGUAGCCAUACACCAGACAAACAAAAGAGCGAGUUUGUUUGCAGACAGGGUGUUCGAUUUGUUCGACACAAAGCAUAAUGGAAUACUUAGAUUUGAGGAGUUUGCCCGGGCUCUCUCCGUCUUUCAUCCACAUGCUCCUUUAGAUGAUAAAAUUGACGGUACAUCUCUGAUCUCAAAAACUUGAUCCGAGAAACCAUCUAGUAUAACAAAUUAUCUCAUGUUCCAUGAGAAUUUAUUAACGACUACCUGG